CGUCAGCAGUUUAGUUUUCCAUCCAUCUUUAUCUAUGGACAUACAUCUAGUGGAAAGACCUAUGUGAUGCAAACUCUUCUGAACACCUUACAGCUUCCUCAUGUGUUUGUGAACUGUGUGGAAUACUUUACUUCACGACUUCUUUUAGAAGAAAUUCUCAUCCAGUUGCAAAGCUGUUCUUCUGAGACAGAACAGACUUCUCAUGUGCCUUGUGAUACUUUCAAUGACUUUGUACGUCUGUUUAAACAAGCUGUUGCGAGUCAAGAGCUUCAAGAUCAAACAUUAUACAUUGUACUGGAUAGAGCAGAGCAGCUGAGGGAAAUGGAAGCUAACAUCCUGCCAGCGUUUCUUAGGCUUCAAGAAUUGACUGACAGAAACGUGACAGUUGUCCUGCUCAGUGAAAUAGUAUGGGAACUGUUCCGUCCAAAUACUGGAUGCUUUGAGCCAUUCACCUUGUAUUUUCCAGACUACAGCAUAGGACACCUGCAGAAGAUCUUGUCUCAGAAUCAUCCCCCAGAAUAUUCUGCAGAUUUCUAUGCUGCAUAUAUCAAUAUUCUGCUUGGUGUCUUCUACAUGGUCUGCAGGGACCUGAAAGAACUUCAGCACCUGGCAGCGCUCAAUUUUUCUAAAUAUUGUGAACCAGUGGUCAGAGGAGAAGCUAAUGAACGUGACACCCGCAAACUCUGGAAAAAUAUUGAACCUCAUUUGAAGAAGGCAAUGCAAACUGUUUAUCUCCGGGAAAUAUCCAGCUCACAGUGGGAGCGCUUACAGCAUGAUGAUGGAGAACCUGGGCAGCUGAAAGGACUUUCUGCACAUACACAUGUGGAACUUCCUUAUUACUCGAAAUUUCUUCUAAUAGCUGCUUACAUUGCCUCCUACAAUCCUGUUAGGACAGAUAAGAGAUUCUUUCUUAAGCAUCAUGGGAAAAUUAGAAAGACCAACUUUAUGAAGAAACAUGAAAAGACCAGCAAUCACCUCCUUGGGCCAAAGCCGUUUCCCCUGGACAGGUUGUUGGCAAUAUUAUAUAGUAUUGUGGACAACAGAAUUGCUCCAACCGCAAAUAUAUUUUCCCAGAUCACCUCUCUUGUGACUCUCCAGCUGUUAGCCAUGGUGGGCCAUAAUGACCAGCUCGAUGGACCACGAUAUAAAUGUGCUGUGUCUCUGGACUUCAUCAGAGCUAUUGCCCGGACCGUGAACUUCGACAUAAUAAAGUACUUGUACGAUUUCUUGUGAAAACAAGCUUCACAGCCAUAUGGACACUGUGACAGUGACUAAGGCAAGCUGUGUUCAUCUCUCUACUUAGCUGGCCAGAAAGAAGAGUAUUUUGGCUCUUUUGGAUUUGUCCAAACAGGUGCUGGCCCAGCAUGGAACCUGAUGAAAAUACUCUGAUUGGUCUGGGUGGAUCUGAGCAGAGGACUAUUUACCAGGGACCCUGGAGUAUAUGGAAGCAAUGUGUUAAUUAUAAACAGCAGGGUCUGAGCACAAUCUGUUCUACUCUUAAUGAUGUUAUCUUAACACUGAAAUUGCCUGAAACCCAUUUACUUAGGACUGCAUUUUGUUCUAUGAACUCUCCCCAGUGCUUUGAACAUGGCAGCAGCCCUUGUUUGUAUGCCCAGUCUUUUCACUUCCUCUCCACAGGAAUCUUUGCAAUUGCCUGCCAAAGCAGCUUUUCCUGAGGCCACCAUUUUAGGAGAGUGGAAUAGCAAAAUAUAAUAAACGUAAGAACUUAUUUAAAAA